UCAUUAAUUCUCAUGUUCACAAAACAACAGAAACAGAAACACAAACAGAAAGAUCCUUAUCGAAAAGAAGUGAUUUUUUGUAUAAUGUAUCGAGGAGAGGAAUUAGAAAAGUCAGCAUACAAGCAGGCACCUGCAGGGACGGCGGCAACAGGUUUUCCGGUGAGCUACGACGGAACAACAUCAACGUACUCGGGUCAGUCAUCGGAGUACCAGACACAUCCUCCUCCACCACCUAAGCUACUAGUUGAAUGGUCGACCGGUCUUUGCGAUUGCUGCUCCAACCCGGGAAAAUGUUGCAUAACAUUUUGGUGUCCAUGUAUUACUUUUGGCCAAGUUGCUGAAAUCGUUGACAAGGGAUCCACAUCAUGUGGUGCUAGUGGUGCUUUGUAUACAUUGAUUUGUUGUGUUAUUGGAUGUGCUUCUUUGUAUUCUUGCUUCUACCGCUCAAAGAUGAGACAACAAUAUGGUUUGAAAGGAAAUGAUUGUACGGAUUGUUUGAUUCAUUUCUUUUGCGAGACAUGUGCUUUGUGUCAAGAAUAUCGUGAGCUUCACAAUCAAGGAUUUAACAUGCUCAUUGGAUGGCAUGGAAAUGUUGAGCAACGGACUCGAGGAAUAGCCAUGGCUACAACACCUCCAACCUUUGAAUCGGGCAUGAGCCGUUGAAAUUCACUGCAUGUCUUCAUAAUCUUCAUUCAAAUAAUCCAUUUUUAAAUGUUGCUAUAUAUGUAAUUGUUGUAUUCUCGACAUAUGUAUGCGACUUGUACUCUACAUUUGCAAAUGUUAUUAUACACUCAAAUGUGAACCUCAUAGCACUUGCUUAAUAUAAUCCAUUUCGUUGACAUUUGUAAUUUCGAGUGAAUAUUCAUAAAAGUAAACAUCAAAUUGGACA